AUGAAUUUUCAAGGCUUUUUAGUUAAGAAAACAAUUUAACAGUUUCCAAUUCGAUAAAGACCUGUAUAUUACGAAGAUUAUGCAGAUUAAAAUUUUGUACUGUUUAUUAAUAGGAAAUUGGCUGAUUUACGAUGUAUUGUUUAAAAAUAGUAGUUAAAAGUGGCAGCAAUGAUUUAUCGGCAAAGCGCAUCAUGAAUUUAAAGAUUAAAAUUCCAAAAGAUAAACAUACUGAUGGCUAAAAGGUAAAGCGAAAGAACUCUCUAAAACAAAAAACUGUAACUGAAGAUGAAUCAGAAAAGAAAAGCAAGUACAGAUUUAGAUCUCCAUAAAUAAAACCUGAAGUAAAACUUGCUUCUUAUUUGAACGAUGAGCUUUUGCAAUAGCAUUCAAUCUCAUAAUUAUUUUAAGAAUAUAAAUUAGCAAAUUUGAAGGCAAAUUUAAUGAAGUUGAGAUAAAAGAAAAGUUAUCAAUUAAAUGAAUUGAAUCAUAUAGAAUUGGAAGAUGAUGAAUAAGUAAAGUUGUUUAUGAAGGACAUUUGUAAGAAUCAUCCAGAAAUAGAAGUUAGUUAAUUAUUAUAAGUGGAUGUAGAUAAGAAAUAAUUAGAAAUUAAUACUCAGAAAUAAACAUUACAAGAAUUGAUUGAGAAACCAAUUAAGUAGGAAUAAAAUGAAAAUUUAUAAAAAAUGGAAUAACUAUAUUAAAAAAAUUUAGUUAAUAUAUACAAGUAAACUAGAUAUGAUUAAUUUGAACCUGAAUUUAAAAAGCAAGGAUAAAUCAAUAUUUGUAAAAUAAAAAAACAGAAGGAGAUUUAAGAUUAAAUGUAUUCCGAGAUUUUCAAAACAAAACAUCCUAUAUCAGAACAUAAUAAUAAAUAAAACUAUUUUCAUCAAUAAUUUAAAACUCCAAAUAAAAAACAUUAACCUACAAAAUCAUAAUAAUUUUCAAACAAUAUCUUUCUUUCUUAACCAGAUACAAAUUAACUUACUCCUUAAACUUCUGUUAUAAAUGAUUUUAAAGUAAGUCCUCUUACUACCUCUAUUGGAACUUAUAGUGAUAUCAAAUCUCCACUUAAUUCUUAUAGAAAAAAUGAUUUUAAUUUAAAAUUGAAGACUAUUAUUGAUAAAUGUGAUAUUAUUGAAGUAGAAUAAGUAAAAUAAAAUCAAAAGAUUUAAAAAAAAAUGAAAAUGAUGGGAAAGGAAAUGUAUCAUCAUUUAGAAACUGCCAGAAACAGAUAUUAAAGUUAGGAUAAUCAUAUUAAUAUUAAUGAAGAAUUUGAAUAAUUUUUAUAAGAAAAUUAAUUCAAAAGAAAAUUGAUUUAAUAUUAAGUUAAUCAAGUUCAAAAUCUUAAUGAAGUUCUAAGUUAGAGGGCAAAAAGAGAAAUGACUAAUAAUUUUAUGGUUUCAGAUUUUGAUAAAAAAAAAUCAAUUUGA